GACGCAGGGACACUUUCCACGUCAGUCGGACAGUCAGACGGACAGAGACAACUCCCCUCUCCUCCUCUGAACACACUUCUCAGUCAGGAUGUCUAUCACUAAAAUCCACGCCCGGGAGAUCCUGGACUCCAGAGGAAACCCCACUGUGGAGGUGGACCUGUGGACAGCCAAGGGUCUCUUCAGGGCCGCUGUCCCCAGCGGAGCGUCCACCGGAGUCCAUGAGGCCCUGGAGCUUCGCGACGGAGACAAGAGCCGGUACCUGGGCAAAGGAACCAUUAAAGCUGUGGAUCACGUCAACAAAGACAUCGCCCCAAAACUGAUCGAGAAGAACUUCAGCGUUGUUGAGCAGGAAAAGAUUGACAAGUUCAUGCUGGAGUUGGACGGAACUGAGAAUAAAUCUAAGUUCGGAGCUAACGCUAUCCUCGGAGUGUCGCUGGCCGUCUGUAAAGCUGGAGCUGCAGAGAAGGGAGUUCCUCUCUACCGCCACAUCGCUGACCUCGCUGGACACAAAGACGUCAUACUUCCUGUUCCUGCGUUCAACGUUAUCAACGGAGGAAGCCACGCCGGAAACAAGCUGGCCAUGCAGGAGUUCAUGAUUCUUCCCAUCGGAGCCGCCAACUUCCACGAGGCCAUGAGGAUCGGAGCCGAGGUCUACCACAACCUGAAGAACGUCAUCAAGGCCAAAUACGGCAAGGACGCCACCAACGUGGGAGAUGAGGGAGGCUUCGCCCCCAAUAUCCUGGAGAACAACGAGGCUCUGGAGCUGCUGAAGACAGCCAUCGAGAAGGCCGGCUACCCCGACAAGAUCAUCAUCGGGAUGGACGUGGCCGCCUCCGAGUUCUUCCGCAGUGGAAAGUACGACCUGGACUUCAAGUCCCCCGAUGACCCGUCCAGACACAUCAGCGGCGAGAAGCUGGGAGACCUGUACCGCAGCUUCAUCAAGGGCUACCCUGUUCAGUCCAUCGAGGACCCGUUCGACCAGGAUGACUGGGAGCAAUGGGCCAAGUUCACCGCGUCUACGGACAUCCAGAUCGUAGGAGACGACCUGACGGUGACCAAUCCCAAGAGGAUCCAGCAGGCGGUGGAGAAGAAGGCCUGUAACUGUCUGCUGCUCAAAGUCAACCAGAUCGGCUCAGUCACCGAGUCCAUCCAGGCGUGUAAGCUGGCUCAGAGCAGUGGUUGGGGUGUUAUGGUCAGCCAUCGCUCUGGAGAGACUGAAGACACCUUCAUCUCUGACCUGGUGGUUGGACUCUGCACUGGACAGAUUAAGACUGGCGCCCCCUGCAGGUCGGAGCGUCUGGCUAAAUACAACCAGCUGAUGAGGAUUGAGGAGGAGCUCGGGGGCAAAGCCAAGUUCGCUGGCAAAGACUUCCGUCACCCCAAGAUCAACUGAAGUCCUCACCUGCCUGACGUCAUCCAUCCUCUCUGUCGCCGCGGCAACCGACUGACACCUGGUGACCUCUGAUCCCCCUCAGCCGGGGGGGUCAGAGGUCACGGCGGGUCUGACUCCCCCCCCCACCCUCCUCUGGCUGUGAUUCCAUUGUUGAUGUUUUGUAUCUGAAACACAGAGACUGAAUAAAGAGUAAAAGAAGCUGA